AUGCUGGAAUUUGUGCUGACAAUACAGGUCAUUGUCUUGGUCCGGCUCAAUUGUGUGGUGUCCUGGAACUCAGCUGCGACCCAGGAUGACUUUUACACAUUCCAGGAGUUCUACACUGAUGCGCAGUAUGGCUCAGAUUUUGGGUACUACUCAACCGGACGGAUUUUGCAUCAGCCGUCUAGCCAGGACUCAUCUGGAUCCACAUAUUUCAACUCGUACACUACCCAGCCAAUGUCGCUCAGCCCAUUCUUUGGACAGCUGGUGUGCGACCGUAUUGUGAGCAUGUGGAACUCCCUUGGGCAGCCGUCCCGCUUUUUCAUCAUUGAGUUCGGAGGCGGAACUGGCGUUCUUGCUCGAGACAUCCUCGGUCAUGCCCGCAAGGAGCACUCCAACUUUUUCGCCUCCUUGCAAAGAUAUGUUAUUGGUGAACGCUCGCCAGCACUUCAAGCGGCACAGAGGAAAACCGCAUCAGAGUUCAUCGCGAGCAAAUUGCGGAUCUUUGAUGCAGAUGCCCGGACUGCUUCGCGCCUGCGGCCACUUUUGCUCGAGGAAGCAGAUGGACCUUUGUACUCGGUCGUGCUCUCCAAUGAGCUGCUGGAUGAGUUUGACCCCGUGCGCUUGCGCCUCUCCUGGCAGGCGAGCAACCCUCCGGACACGAAGCGAUGCAGGCUGUGUUCCACUUACCGGGAGGCGCAUGUGCUGCACCGUGUCGAUGAGAAGGCGUUGCAUGCAUUGUUUCAUGGAGAGGACGCCAAAAGUAUUUUGGAAUCAAUCCGCUGGGAGAGUAAAUCCUUGCCUUGUGGCUUGUUGGAUACACAGCUCCUGCAGCGCAAGGUGGUUGAGAGACUUUCUUCGUCGCUCAGUAGUGACGAGAUCAAGCGCUGCCUUCCGAUGCAGCUCUGCUGCACGGCUUUGCUGCUCGCCGUGAAUUCCUUGAUGCAGGAUGACCAAUCCUCGAUACAAAUGGGCAAGUUGGCUGCAAGCAAUAGGUUAUUGCAGCGUUAUCGGCAGCAGCUAGCAAGGACAAAUGGCACGGUGCUGCUGAGCAAACACCGUUACAGGCAGCUCAGACGACGCGCAUUGGAGGAAGGCCUGGAUGUGGAGCAUGCGCUGCUCCUGGGCGGUGCAGAGCUUCCGGGCCACAUUCACACGGAUGAGGUCUACUUUGCAUUGAGCCCGGGCAGGUGUCAAGAGUUGGAAGCAUGGCGCCAGAGGCAUGCCCAGCGCCUGGCUUUGGCCACAGAACUGCGCAGUGCCGUGGCACAUCUUUACGAUCUUCGUCAUGCGGAUCGCAAGACGCUACAACUGAAGGUCUUGGUGCAGCCUGGGCAUUCGCAAUUUGUGCGAGAGGCCAGCAAACUCGUGGAUGAAGGCUUCAUGAUUUCAAUGGACUACGGUGCAGAUGCAGAUGCACUGGUAUGGCAUGCAUUGGUGCACCCGAAUCACGAGGGCAUCCACAUCAUGGAUGCACGUCAAGCUUUAUCUGGAUGUGCUGGAUCCUAUUUGGCCUGCCCUGGCUUGCAGGAUAUUACAAUGACUGUGGACUUCACCGAAGCAGCUGGUGCAGGGAGCACUGCUGGAUGGCGAACUGCUGCGUAUGCGCCUAUAUUUCACUUGGAGUUCGCAUUUGACGAGUGGCUGGAUCGGCCGGUCGCCAGCUUGCUGGAGCGUGCUGGCGGACCUCGCACGAUUGGUCUGCAUGCCUGGUACCGUCACUCGAAUGAGGAUGCUUGGUCCUCUUUCAAGGUCCUGGUUUUGCACCGUGGCACCCGUGCCAACAACUGGACUCUAGGGGCACGUGAUCUCAGUUGGCCAUUGCAGGCUGUACCACGCUUGGCGGAGGCUCCGUUUCCUUGCUGGAAACAUGACAUCACCAAGCCAGCCAUGGCAGCUCUCAUAAGCCGUCACGCUCGAAGCAAAGAACCAAGGGAACUGGAGGAAUCCUUCCAUAGCUGGCUGGCAGAUUUGCAAAAGCUGCAGGAGGCUGUGGACCUUCAAUAUGGCCGGCAACGGCAAUCCUAUAGAGACCUUCACUUAGUGCAGAUUUUGACGGACUUCCUGUUGUUCUUUGCACGUGACCAAGUGCGGACAAGUGGUGUACACGGCUGUAUGAGACCAGAGACCAAAGUUGGCAGUGCGUGGCUAGACCAGGUCAGGUUUUUGGCAACUGCAAGGCGCUUGCCCGAAAUGCACGGCGAAGUCAUGUUCAACCGGGCUUUCAAUGCUAUAGCUGCGUACAUGCAUGGCAACAAUACGGGUGCUGAGCCUGCUGAGCCCUAUGAGUGCCUGGUUGCUGCAAUGAUGUCCAGCUUUUGCCAGCAAGCAGCCGCGGAAAAGAUCAGUUUGGAGGAAGCAAGAUGA